AGAGGGCAGUGGUGACUGUUCGCAAAUGUGUGAUGGAGAAGAGCCCCAGGAAGCCUCUAGCUCCCUAGCAAGAUGUGGGUCAGUGUCUGGUGAACUAGAAGAUCACCCAAUGAAUGAAGAAGGAGAAUCAGAAGAGCUCGCUUCUAGCCUGCUACAUGAUGAUGUAUCAGGAGCAGAGCAAUCAGCAUAUGAAAAUGAGAAGUGUUCCUGUGUCAUGUGUUUCUCAGAAGAGGUGCCAGGAGGCCCAGAAGUAAAGAUGGAAAGUGAUCAAGCAUGUGGCACAAUGGAUACUGUGGAUAUUGGAAACAACUCUACUUUGGGAAAACCCAAGAGGAAAAAAAGAAAAAAGAGGGGGCAUUGCUGGACCAGAGUAAGAAGGAGAAUGCAGAAAAACGUCCAGCAACAUGAAAACAGCAAAGCCGAUGGCCAGGUGGUCUCAAAUGAAAAGAAGGCGAACGUGAAUCUGAAAGGCCUUUCCAAGAUUAGGGGGAGAAAGAGAAGCAAACCUAGAACCCACUUCACUCAGAGUGACAGAGCUCCACAGAAAAGAGUCCGAUCAAGAGCUUCAAGAAAGUACAAAGAUGAAACUGUGGAUUUUAAGGCUCCUUUGCUUCCGGUGACCUGUGGUGGGGUGAAGGGAAUUUUACAUAAGAAGAAAUUGAAACAAGGAAUCUUGGUGAAGUGUAUACAGAGUGAGGAUGGAAAUUGGUUCACCCCCAGGGAAUUUGAAAUCAAAGGAGGCCACGCAAGAUCGAAGAACUGGAAGCUGAGUGUGCGCUGUGGCGGGUGGCCCCUACGAUGGCUGAUAGAGAAUGGAUUUCUGCCUAAUCCUCCAAGAAUAUAUUCCAGGAAAAAAAAGAGAAUACUGAAGUCUUACAACAAUACUUCAGUUGACCCUUGUAUGAGAAACUUGGAUGAGUGUGAGGUGUGCCGGGACGGAGGGGAGCUGUUCUGUUGUGACACUUGUUCAAGAGUCUUCCAUGAGGACUGUCACAUCGCGCCUGUGGAAACUGAGAGGACCCCGUGGAGUUGCAUCUUCUGCAGGAUGAAGGAGUCUUCAGGAAGCCAACAGUGUUGUCAGGAAUCUGAGGUCCUGGAGAGGCAGAUGUGUCCGCAGGAACAGUUGAAAUGUGAGUUCCUCCUCUUGAAAGUCUAUUGCUGUUCUGAGAGCUCCUUUUUUGCCAAGAUUCCAUACUAUUAUUAUAUUAGAGAGAUGUGUCAAGGCCUGAAGGAGCCCAUGUGGUUGGAUAAAAUCAAGAAAAAGCUGAACGAGCACAGUUACCCCCAAGUGGAGGGGUUUGUACGAGACAUGCGCCUCAUCUUCCAGAACCACAGGGCCUCUUACAAGUACAAGGAUUUUGGCCAAAUGGGACUUAGACUGGAGGCUGAGUUUGAGAAGAAUUUCAAGGAAGUGUUUGCUAUUCAGGAAACAAAUGAUAACAAUUGACUGGAUUAGUGGAUGCUGAAGGCAUUCAGCAAAUGACACCCCAAAAUAUGCCACUGGUUUGCCACUUACUUCAAAAUGAGGUCACUUGGGCACAGCACAUGCAGGGAGGGGCUUUUCUCCGAGCCUCCCUCAUCUGCCCAAAGACAAAUCCUCAAAAGGAAAUUCAAUCAUCAUGAAUCACAACCCUGAGUAUCUCAUCAGUCAGGGAAGAGUAAGUGCGAUCACAGGGGAGGAUACCGGAGGUGACACCAUCCCACAUAGACUCUCACUUCUGAGGGCUGCUCCAGACAACGUUUAUUACCCAGAAGACCUUUUAUCUGAAAACCAGCCAAGCUUUAUUCAGGAGACACUUCUUCCCUUCACUCUCCCACUUCCGUGUCACCUCCAUGCAGAAGCCCCAAGUCCCCAUUCUUUUUCAUAGCUCAGGAUGGUGUGUGAGCAUCCAUCAUCUGACUCUUCUUGGAGUCUCAUAUUUCGUGGGACUCCUAUGCAUAAAUAUAUUAUUAAAAAAAUUUCCUCCUGUUAA